AGGAACAAGAAGAGAGACCGAUGAUUGAUGACCUUACGCUUGAUCUGUACCGUACCUAUUGUGGUAUGAAUGACAGACAGGAACUUGAAAGGCAUUUGAUGAGCAUCAAGAAGCAAUUACCUGCUGUUAGUAGUAGUAGAUACAAGUGCAUUCGAAAAUACAAGUUUGCCUUUUCCCGAGUUUAUUAUCGCUUUUUUUAUAAUAGAAUUCUAAAAUAUGGACAAGAAUUGGUUCGAAUGGGACAGGAGCCCUUCUUGUUGGACAUUGGAUGUUGCACUGGCACUGAUUUGCGUAAACUCUAUAUUGAUGGUUAUCCAAAGUCAUACCUAAUUGGAGUUGACAUUGAUCCAGCUUAUAUUCAGUGUGGCUUUCAGCUCUUCAAGGACAUGGACACUUGCCCAAUUAAGUUUAUUGUGGCUGAUCUAUUUACGGAUGAACUAUGUGAAUAUACCAAAAAAAUCUCUGUGGCUCAUGCUGGAAGUGUAUUUCAUUUAUUCACGUCAAUGGAGAUGAAUCAAGAGUUUGUUCGACGCAUCAAACGAUUAAUAAAGCCAGGGGGAAUACUUGCUGGAGGGCAUGUUAUUUCUAAUAGAUCAGGCAUGUAUUAUAGACCAUCGGACAAGACAUUUAAAUUCUAUAUUAGCAUAGAGGACUUUAAAGCUAUUUUAGAAUUUGAGGGAUUUAAAGAGAUUGAAUUUGAAUUGACUGAAAAAGCGGAUGAUGAAAGAGUAAACAAGGACGGCACUGAAUCUACACUUUAUUGGAUUUCUUUUAUUGCAACCCUUCAAUAAUAAAUGUAUUCCCUCUUUUUUU